AUUUUAAUUCUCUCUCCAAUCUCUCAAACCUAUGUCAUGUUCAAUUAUGUCAUUUUUGUUGUCCUGUUUUCUUAUUCUAGUCCACUUCUAUAUAAUAGACUGGAAGUCUUUUGACUUUGUUCCUCUGUGUGUUUUAUCAUUAUUUGAUAUGUUUUGGGUUUGUCCUUUCUUAAGUAAUAGUUUUUCUAUUGAGUUAAUACUAUUUGUUUUAUUCAUCUUCAGUUAGUGUGCCUAUAUUUUAGAUGUAUUACCAUUGAAAGUGAGCCUUACAAAUGGAAACCAUGGGAUACUUAGUAUUGUUUUCAAUGGAAAGAGUGGUAAGGUUUGUCCUGACAGAUGGUCACGUUUUAACUCUGCUGUCAUUUGCCGAACACUUGGAUUCAGUGCUAAGUCUGCAAGACAUAAAUUUAUGUAUAACGCUGAUAUUAACUCUGUGAUAAUCAGUGGAUUAAGAUGUCUGUCCAAUGAACAAAGUCUACAACAGUGUAGGUAUGAUGAUCAUAUUAAUUGUGCUUCAUUUAAAGACAUUGAAAUAGACUGUAGAUUCCCAAUUUAUCAGAAAUCAUUGUAUAAAGUGGUAGACGACACUAAGUUAGCUGCACCACCGCAGAUUAUGCGAACUUCCACACCCAGUGCCGAUUUUGAAUCAUUUGAAGGAAUCGUUGAGAAGAAAACAGGCAUGACAUAUAGAAGAGUGUGUGGUGGGUCAGAGUUCACGGCCCAAGAAGCAAGACUGUUCUGUGAAGCACUUGGAUUUAGUGGUGCUUUGGCUUCCAUUAAACAUUCUUCUGAGUAUAGACAACUGGGUGUGUCUCCUAAGCUUGAAACUAGAGUUAAAAUCAUGUGCAGGGGACAUGAAAAGUUUAUUGGAUCAUGUCGUUCAGUCCUAACUAAAUCAUGUUUAGAUGAUGCAGCAUUAUCUUGUGAAAAUAUUGAUCCAGCUCAAAUUAGACUAAGUGAUGAGGUUGAAGGACUGGUGGAAAUCUAUCAUAAAAAUGAAUGGGGCACUAUAUGUGAUGUCAAUUUCACUGUCGUUGAGGCUAAGGUGAUAUGUAAAACAUUGGGCUUUAACCCUGAAUUCUCCAAGGUCGGGUACAAAAAGAAUGUGCCAGGAAAACCAAGAAAUAUUUGGUUGAGUGGGGUAAAAUGUAAUGGUCCAGAAAGAGCUAUAGAACAAUGUGAACAUAACAUUUGGGGAGAUGCAGGUGGUUGUGAGCAUGAUAAUGAUGUAUUUAUCCAUUGCACGGGCAAUGGUCAAUGGAGUGUAUGGAGUGAGUUUACUAAUUGUUCCAAAAUGUGUGGCAUGGGGGAAAGAACACGGUUUAGAAUUUGUAACAAUGUUCCUCCAUCAUCUAGGGAAGCAACUUGUGAGGGAAAAGGAAAUGAAACUGAACGAUGUAAUACUCAACGUUGUCCAAAUCCAAUUGAUGGCCAGUGGAGUGAAUGGAACAUUACUUCACAAUGUUCUGUGACUUGUGGAGGUGGAACUUUAGUUAGAGAACGCAAGUGUAACAAUCCCACAGCGAUGUAUGGUGGUCUAGCCUGUGAAGGAGCUUCAUUGGAUAAUUACAAAUGUAACAGUAAUCCGUGUCCUGCUCCUGGACAAUGUGUUAUAAAUGAAGUACUCGUGAAGGCUGUAGAGGCAUCUGGGGAAGGUAUACAUGAGCGUCCAACUUGUAAUUGCAACUGUUCUGUCGUUUGCUCCAAAGUAUAUAGCAAAUCUGUGUGGGGGUUUUGGUCGGCUUAUUCCGGAUGCUCCCAUCCCUGUGUACAGGGAUUUAAAAGAAGGACCAGAAUGUGUCAUGGAAAGACAGUCAAUGGGAAGGAAACAAAGGGAGAAUGUGAGGGGAAAAGCCAAGAAGAAAAGCCAUGUAGUACGUCUGAAACUUGUUAUGAUGCAUAUUCCAAUAAAGAGAGUUGUCACAAGGGAAGUCCUUCAAGGCUUAUGCGGUCAACAGCCAAAGAUGCUGUUCCUCAUUCGCACCCAUGGAUCGCCUCCUUCUACCUUAAUAAUGCAACUGAACAUGUAUGCUCUGGUGCAUUAAUUAAUGAAGAAUGGGUCAUUACAGCUGCUCAAUGCUUUUAUGAUUCAAGAGAUAAAUGUUUGGCAGAACAUGCUUGGACAAUAAGAUUAGGAAAACAUAAUAGAAUUAUACAAGACCCCGAUGAAGACAACCAAUCACCAGCAAAAAUAUACAUCCAUCCAAAGUUCCAACCAAGAUUUGCAAAUACCCCUGGUUUAUAUGAUUAUGAUAUAGCAUUGGUGAGGCUACCAAGGAAGGUUAAAAUAGGAACUGCUAUACAACCUGUUUGCAUACAUGAGGAGAAUCUUUUAAACUAUACUGGUGCUCCUGUGACAUGCAUCUCUGCUGGAUUUAGCACUCUUGCUGCCCAAAGGCUGUUAACAAUCAAAACAUUGGAAUCAAACCUUGUGCAACAUAAGACCAAGCCUAUAUCUAUAGAAGAAUGCAGUAAACAAUUGUGGAUGAGGAACAAAGUGUCACCGAGGGCAAUAUGUACUGGCAUACCCAUAGCUGAACCAAACUGUGUGGGAGAUGCAGGUUCUCCUCUUGUGUGUGAUAUAUCAGGAAGCUUAUACUUGACAGGUGUCUCCACCUAUCCUGAUGGCUGUUCGAUAACACGUCGAUAUGGCAUUUACACAAAUGUUUAUCCAAUGUUAUGCUGGAUACAGGAAACCAUACAAGAUGAAACAAUAUUUGUAGAUAAACUUAAAGCAACAUUAUAACUUAAAUGUACAAAAGAACACAAUGAUGUAUGAAUACACUAUUUUGCUAAACUGUGAUUAGCCAUAAUGAUAUUCUGUUUUAAGAAAGAUGCCAUUACUGUUGGCCUAUAUAUGAUAUAUGGAUGAAUUCAUACCAAAUUUAAUUAAGUGAAGUAAAUUGUGUAUACAUGUUAUAAUAUUAAAUAUACAGUACAUACAACAUCCAA